CGGUAGGCGGGGCGGCCCGGUUGCUAGGACUUGGAGCAGCGUGGCGUUCUCGCGGGCGUCCCUCAGGUGGCCUUCUCUGCCUGGGUGCCAGGCCAGCUGGUACAGGAAUGGCAGGAAAGGAGAACAACUUCCCGCCGCUGCCGCGCUUUGUGCCGCUGAAGCCCUGCUUCUACCAGGACUUCUCUGAGGAGAUCCCCGUGGAGCACCAGGUGCUGGUGAAGAGGAUCUACCGCCUGUGGAUGUUUUACUGUGCCACUCUGGGGGUGAACCUGGUGGCCUGCCUGGCCUGGUGGAUUGCUGAUGGGACGGGAGCCAACUUUGGCCUGGCCCUGCUCUGGCUGCUUCUCUUCACUCCCUGCAGUUACUUGUGCUGGUUCCGGCCUGCAUAUAAGGCCUUCCGAGCUGACAGCUCCUUUAACUUCAUGGCGUUCUUCUUCAUCUUCGGAGCACAGUUUGUCCUGGCCGUCAUCCAGGCCGUGGGCUUCUCGGGCUGGGGGGCAUGUGGCUGGCUGGCGGCUGUUGGGUUCUUUACGGUCAAUGUUGGGGCUGCCGUGGUCAUGCUGAUCCCGGCCAUCCUGUUCUCCUUGUCUGCUGUCAUGAUGGCCAUCACUCUUGUGAAGGUGCACAAGAUCUACCGUGGGGCUGGCGGGAGCCUGCAGAAGGCACAGACAGAGUGGAGCGCUGGCACCUGGAGGAACCCCCCAUCGAGGGAGGCCCAGUUUAACAACUUCUCUGGGAAUAGCCUGCCUGAGUACCCCACUGUCCCCAGCUAACCCCAGUGCAGGGCCAGUGGCCUUAGGCAGCUGGCUAGCCCCAGUAUCGUGGCUCUGUCUCCCGCCAUCAACCCUUGGGUCCUGAAGCCCGAGCGUCUCCCCAGGGUCACAAGAGGCCCUUGGCCUGUGUUCAUCUUUGUCCGAGCCCUCAGCAAGCUCAGCCCAACAGCUAUUGUCCACUGCCAGCCCCCAGAGCCAAGCUGUGUUACUGCCCCGCUCCUGUCCACGAAGCAACCUUGAGGGCCAGGCUACUGCCCGUUGUAUCCCAGAGCACGGAGGGUGGAGGCAGGAGCGUGGCGUGUUGUGACUGCAUCCUUAGCACUGCCAUUGAGAGACCUCUGCCAGUGCAGGCAGCGAUCCACUCCGUCGGGGCUGCUCCGGCUCCGGGAGGCCCCACCCCCCGCCCCGCCCCCGGAAGGAGAGAGAUGACUCAGCUACACAGCAGGCCACAGCCCUGCUGGAGGCUAGCCAGGACCCGAGGCCCUUGGUCUGCUAGGAGCAGAGCCAGGGACAGAACUGUGCCUUAGAGAGAACCCUGCUUUCCCUCACCCUUCAGCCUUCCCAGGGCAGCUGUGGCCUGAGUUAUAGAAGAUCCAUGGCACCCCAGAUGACAUUGGACUCAACAUUUUCCCUUAUGACCUGCUGGUGCCACCAGCCAAGCCACUGCAUUCCCCAGGCCUCCCCACAGAGCCGUGCCCUUCCUGCCAG